CUGGAACUGACUAUUAUUUUUUAACGUCGAUUAUUUUAUCUGCGAAUCCCGUUUCGUUUGUGUAUAGACUAAAGGAAUAUUUGAUAAAAACGGGGAAAGUACGUGCCGCUUUAAAGUUGAUUGUUAAGUUAUCUUAAUCAGACGGUUUUUAAUGGACUGUGAGUCAGUUUCUAUAUAGGACACCCCUGUCGUUGCUGGGAAAUACUCCUGGCACUUCCUUGUUCAAAAGUUUUAUUUAGGGGAAGGCUUGGGGGGAAAGUUGGUCACCGGAUUGGUUUAUUACUUCGACGUUGCUGUCAGAUAUUAAAGGCAUGGACCCCGGCGUUCAAAGAUUUUUAGCCUAACUAGUGUGGCUGUUGCAGCUUUUCUCAUGGCUCCGGUUAUUAGAGGCUGGCUAACGCUGCACUGAAAGAAAGAGGAAGAUGUCCAUGGCUAACAUUAGCGAAGACAUCAGGGUGAAGUUUCCCCUGCAUUCCGCAGUGUGGGAGAAUGACUACAGGAAGCUGGAACAGCUGUUAACAUCAACGCAGAAUGAGAUUGAGGCUGUGGAUCCCAGAGGCCGAACACCUCUGCACCUGGCUGUGUCACUCGGGCACCUGGAGUUGGUGAGAGUCCUGCUGAGACGCGGUGCUCAAGUGACCAAAGAAAAUGCCAAUAAUUGGACAGUGCUGCAGGAAGCAGUCAGCACAGGAGAUCCAGAGAUGGUUCAGCUAGUGCUUCAACGCAGAGACUACCUCAAAGCCUCCACUGCCCUGGGAGGAGUGCCUGAGCUGCUGUCAAAGAUCCGAGAGUCUCCAGACUUCUAUAUGGAAAUGAAAUGGGAAUUCACCAGUUGGAUUCCUCUCGUCUCCCGGGUUUGUCCGAGUGACGUUUGCCGCAUCUGGAAAAGCGGUGCCUCCCUGCGAGUGGAUAUUACACUUCUAGGCUUUGAAAACAUGACCUGGACCAGAGGGCGUAGAAGCUACAUCUUCAGAGGAGAUGAUUCCUUUGCAGAGCUGAUGGAGGUGAACCACGAUGAUGAAGUCGUGGACAUCGAACGUUUCAACAUAUCCCAAGAAAUCGAGGAUGUCACGUUAGAGUCAAUGCAGCCAGCUGAGCAGGAAGUUGCCAAAAGGUUGACUACUCCUAUUGUCAACACCUACUUGGACACAAAGGAUAUUGCUUUUGAGAGGAUGAAGUCUGGGCUUUGGGGCUGGAGAACUGAUAAAACAGAAGUAGUCAAUGGAUUUGAAGCAAAGGUUUUCAGUGUGAACAAUGUAAACGUGGUAAUCAGGACACGGACGGAGCACCUUACUGAUGAGGAGAAAGCAAGGAUAAAAAGUGAAAGAAAUGUCUUGGAGUCUCUGCUGGGGACUGUGGAGCAGCACAUAAACGCGCAAGGAGACCUGACUCUCGAAUAUGCAACUGCCAACAAUCCCACUGCGAUCACUCCAGAGGAAUACUUUGAUCCUGACUUUGACCUUGGGAAAAGAGACAUCGGCCGUCCCAUUGAACUUAGCAUUCGAACACAGAAGUUCAAAGGUACACUGUGGAUGAGCGAGGACCAUCCCCUGUCCCUUGUGGAGCAAGUAACCCCCAUUAUCGACCUCAUGGCUCACACAAGUUCCCAUUUUGCAAGACUACGGGACUUUGUAACCCUGAAGUUUCCUCCUGGAUUUCCUGUUAAAAUAGAGAUUCCCCUGUUUCAUGUGCUUAAUGCCAAGAUUACUUUUGGUAAUGUAAAUAAGUGCAGCACUGAGGAGGAAGCGAACACAUCAGCAGCAGCCACACCAACACCAGAAGAUAAUGAAGCGGCAGCACCACCUCCAUUCCAGGUGUGUCCCUCAGUGUUUGAGGUACCUGCGACGUAUCACUGCCGAGGGAGCAGCCGCCAUAUGCCUGUGUCCAAUAAUGAUGAGGAGCUUUUGCAGUACGCCAUCCAUCAGAGUCUCCUGGAGUCUCGCCAAAGCUCCGGCCAGGAGGUGAUCUGGGAUGACACUGAUGGGGAGUUUGCUGAUGCAGUGCCAAUUAACCAGAGUGACAGGAGUAUCCCAGAGGGGGUGCUAGUGGAUUAUAGAGACACCUCCAGCUCUGCCUCUGCCCCUAGCUCUGAUUCAGACCUGCGUCUAGCCAUGGAGCUUUCUGCACGAGCUCAAGAGGAAGAGGAGAGGGUGAGGAAGCAAGAGGAAGAGGAGCUGGAGAGGAUAUUGCAGCUGUCGCUCACAGACAAAUAAAAGGAAUAAGAGGGAAUAAUAAUAAUAAUAAUGAUAAUACAAGUUCUGCUGAUCCAGAAAGCAACCACCACACCUCAAUUUUCCUUCCUAACCACUCUCUUCAUCUAUGCAACGCAGAUGUCUUUCUCUAACACAUCAUUCUUGCACAGCCAAAAUCAAACUCUCUGUAUCCAAUAUUUUUCAAAAGGUAUUUUGGUAAGAGCUCUACUCUUUUGUAUAUUUCUAUCUCAGUAUAGAGUGAGAGUGUCUCCACCUUCACGCUUCAUUCCUGGGCUCUUUGAGAUAACUCUGGUUGGGUUCUACUUUUUAUUUAUUCAGUUUCUAGCAGCAGCAGCUCGCAGGUAUUGCUCUUACUUUUGUAUUCAGUGGGGUUGAAUCAGUGUAGCAUGGUUCUAGGAACCAAAAAAAAAAAGUUUGACUUAUUGCUCAAGGUGAUUUUAUAUAUUGUUGGCACACAAAUGUGACAUUUAAGGCCCCAAAAACAAACAUGGCAGUGUUUUCACAGUAAAGCUUCCCUACAGAGUCACUUUGUUGAGAAUCACAGACUCACUGAAAAGCAGAAAACUCAGGGUUUGCAUUUUUUUUUUUCCCCUCCCCUUCAGUUUGGAACAAUUUUGUUAAUCAGCUGUAAAAUUGACAGAAAUUGUAGCCAGGUAAAUGUUGUAAAAUGGUACCACUCAAGAUUAUAAGAGUACUAUGCCAAUAUUAAGUUUUGGGUUCAUUGAGUCAAAUGUUCAUAUGUAAAUGUGUCUUCUUGUACUUUGUGAAUGUACACUCUACAGAGGGAGUAGAGCAUGUUGCUUUGAGAGUAAUUUGAAAUUACCCGCAUGGUAUCGUAUCUCUGCUGCAAAAAGGAUGGGGGCUUGACUUUCCUUUCUUCUGGUUCCUCUGAUCCCUUCGUGAGAAAGGACUUAUUUUUGUAAACUGUCACUGAGCAAUUUCACCUCAAUUCAAAAAUGCAAUAGUAAAGACCAGUCUGUCUGUGGAUUUAUAACCAUCAUGCAGCUGAGAAGCAGUUACACCAGUUGGUGUCCAGUUCCAAAGGGCAGUCUAGUUUUUCUAGCCACGAACAACUCAACACCUCUGAGCAGAAGAAAGCAAACAGCACAGACCUUAAGGUCAAGCAUGCGCGCCAUGCGUAGGGAUUUGGGUUUUUCAGCAUGUGCCGAGGAUCGCUUCGCUCUGAUGAUGCGUGGUGGGGCUGAAGCAUGGCAAAAAUAAAAUGUAUGCAGUGCAACUCAGACUUAACAGUUUAAAUGAAUUUCUUAAACAUUUUGAAGUUUAAAAACGAGACGUUUCAGUUGUGCGAGGCUGAGUAACAUGCAUUAACCACUGUAGCUGACUCACUGACAAAAACCACUUAUCAGAGGUCUGCAACUGACUGCAUCAGGAGCUUCAGCUGAACAGAUACUAACUGUAAUGACUAAGUUGCCAAACUGCUGAAACGUCAAAUUUGAAAAUGAUAGCUUUAGUUAAUUUAAUGUGAAUAUUUGCAAUGUGCCGUUUGAGCUCUGAGGUUUUUUAUAAUGUGUUAAAAGAGAAUGUGUCAGUUUUCAAAAUGUUGUGAAAUAAAAGCACUUUAUUUCCAUGA